AUGCUGCUCGAGACCCAGCAGCUCCAGCAGCCAGAAUGCAAAGACAGCAAGGCAUUGCUCGCAGCGGAGCCGCGCAUGAUUUUGCGCAUAGGUCCUGCCCGCGCAUCAGGUUUUGCUGCAAGACUUGCGAACACCGUACGCCAAGCAGCGGCACAGCGCAACGCGCCCCAACCCACCACAGCAACUUGGCGUGCUGCGCAGCAGGCCUCUGGCCAUUCUGGCCUUGUGAAGCGGGGCCUUGGGGGCGAGCUGCAAAGUGCGCUCACUUCCAGCAUGGGAAAGGGCUGUCAAGCUCGAGGGGGCGAGCUGCCGCAGCUGCCACAGCUGCCGCAGACACCAAACUUCAGCUCAGCACUCAGAUCACUCAGAUCACUCAGGGACUGA